AUGGAUCAAGGUCAGGCCUGUGCUUUUGUUUGCGCAGGUAUACUUCUUGGAGUCGUCGUUUUCCGGUGUAACAUUAAUCCAUACUAUGGCUCUGCAUUCAAGGUCGCAUUGCUCGAUCGGUGGAUGGUCAUCAUCUCAGGUCCCAAGAUGAUAGAAGACAUCAGAAGACGACCCGAAGACGAGCUGUCCUUUACCGAGGCCGUCCAAACUUUACUACAGUACAAAUAUACUGUUGGUCAGAAGAUACAAGAGGACCCAUAUCAUAUUGUCGUCGUGAAGGAGAAGCUCCAGAAUCGCCUGCUUCCGAUCAUGACGCUAGGCUUGAUCGACGAAGUCGUUCCAACAGUACAGAAAUAUUUUCCCACCACGGAGGAUCAAUGGACCGAUUUCAAUGUUGUUGCCGCUUCCUUGAAGAUCAUUGCCCGUGUAAGUAACCGGGCGUUCGUCGGGUUACCCUUAUGUCGCAAUGAGGAGUAUAACGACAUAUCUGUCCAUUUUUCUGUGGAGAUCGUGAAAGCUGGCACGACACUCUUCCUCUUUCCCGACGUCCUAAAACCACUCGUGGCUCCAUUCAUAAGCAAGGUGAGACAAACCACCAAGCGCGCUCUGCAGCACCUCGGGCCUAUCAUUCAGGACCGGCGUAUGGCUAUACAAGAGCUAGGCAUAGAGUGGCCUGACAAGCCAAAUGAUGUCCUGCAGUGGAUCAUCGACAAAGCCGUCGAGAAACACGAAACUGACGUAGAGAUCGUUGAGAGAUUACUCCUUCUAAACCUGGCCGCCAUCCAUACUUCCUCCAGUAGUAUCGCCCACGUACUAUAUCAUCUUGCCGAACAACCAGAGCUCCUAUCACCUCUUCGCGAGGAGAUCGAGGCUAGCAUCGAUGCAGACGGAUGGACUAUGUCUGCCUUCGGGAGAAUGUGGAAGCUCGACAGCCUUCUCCGAGAGUCGCAGCGCUACAACGGGUUCACUCUCGCCUCCAUGAUCCGAGUCGCCAUGAGAGACAUUGUCCUCACCAACGGCACGUUCAUCCCCAAAGGCACACUCCUUGGCGCGGCCGCGCAUCCCACGCACCACGACAACACCCAUUUCCCCGACGCGCACGUCUUCGACCCGUUCCGCUUUGCGCGCAUGCGCGAAGCCGGCAGCUUCGAGGGUCACCUCGCGAGGCUCCAGUUCGCCAGCACUUCCCCAGAAUACCUCCCGUUUGGUCAUGGCCAGCUCGCCUGCCCAGGACGGCAUUUCGCCGCUAAUCAAUUGAAGGCGGUUCUCUCCUAUAUCAUUCUCAAUCACGACCUGAGACUCACGGAUAGCAAGAAUGACGGCUCCCAGCCGCAGCGGCCACCAAACGUCUAUGUCUCCCUGGCCGUCAUUCCUCCCAUCGAUGGAAUCAUCCAGCUGAGAAAGCGCGCCGUAGCUUGA